AUGUCGUUCAUUAUCGCGGGCUAUACCACCUUGGGGGACUAUCUUGAAUUACAGAGGUCGUUGAAGUCACCCACCUUGCAACGUUCUACACCCAACUUCGACAUACUUGACACACCACCACCUCUUGUGGAUAUUCCUGAAGAUUACGAAAUUGCUUACGCUACACCCAAGGACGGCCAACUAAUACAUCGACAAACACCGAAGGGUCGACCACAACCGUCUCUGUCCGACAAUCCUCUAACCAUCGGAUUAGGUCCUGAAUACCCUUCUGAUCAAGCAGAUCGAGCUGGUGCCAAUCUGUUCCUUGACUGUCCAGACUCACCUUUUGGGGACAAAACUCCAGACGUGUUCGAUGACCAUAAUUCCAUGUUUCAUUCGAAAGUCGAUCAAGGUGGCUCGAGUUUGUCAGAUCAAUGGCUUGCACAACAAGCAUUGACUGCCUCGAGGCAUGCUUCGGAGAAACUCAAUGAUGCUUUAACCCCUCGACAAAGCACUCUAGCCAUCCAUAGUCAGAUCAUUCCUUCCAACGUGACUGCCAAUCGGAGUGAUGUUCACUUAUACGAGCGACAGCCAAAGCAGCGGUCCAACAUCAGUAUAUCGAGCUUGACCAGUGAUGAUGCAACGAAUAACCUCACUGUGUCUCACCUCAAAAUAGCCCCAUCUCCUCCCAAACACAAUUUUGAUGCUAGACCUCCGUCGAGACCUACCAUAUCUUCGUUACAGAUCGACACUUCAUCUCACCUACCAAAUAGACAAUACCACAAUUCGAUCUCUCCAUCGCCUGCGCUUGCUCCCUUCACUAUCGAUGCUUCCAACAGAUACACCCCGCAGACAUUACCGAAGUUACAUCGACAUGACUCUCCCUCUUCUGCUACACCACAUGAUUGCAGACAGACCCUACCUUCAUUGGAGGCAGCAUUGACAUCUGCCACAGACUCGAAUGGUACUCCAUUCUCUGAUACUCCAACUGUCCUGGCGAGACUGUCUCCAAAUCAGCACUCUUCUCACUAUGGCCUCUCGCCGGGACUGUUUUUUCAAGCAGCAUCAAUGCCGUCCCUUUCACCUCCGAAGCUGUCAUCGAACCCAGAAGCCUGGCGCACACACAGUCACAACAGCCAAAACAGUAGCAACUCAGGUGUUUCUGAGCACGGGUCAGGAUACAGUUCGAACACAUUCUCGACUCCAGCAACGAGACCCUCACCACCUCCAUCGAGUUCGGCAACGUCUCAGUAUCCAGGUUCUGACCAUGACAGUAUACCUGAUUCGGAUUCUGGAAGAGGCAGGACUGAUAGUGUUGAUCCAAUGGACGGUCAGUCACAGUACAUCUUCGACGGAACGGGCCAUAAGGAUGCCCUCGAGGUCCUGGCGGUCAAGGUUUCAAACGAAAGAAUGAAAUGA